AAGUGUACAAAAUGGUAGACCUGUCAACGUGGAUAAACAACCGGAUGUAGCACGCCUGUUUACUGUCAGUCGGAAAAUAUUGACCGACAACAACCUUUUCUCGUACCUGCUGUUACAGAAUCAGAGAUGUUCCAGAAAGAUUGACCAGAGGAUUCGAGGACAGUGACCAAGAUAGUUGACACCACUGCGAAGAAGGGUGUAGACAGGCAAAAUCAAAAAAAUUCUGAGAUAGAAGAUAUUGAAUUAUAGACUCAAGCUUGCUUAUAAGUUUAAUUGAUAAGACUUCCUGAUAGAGUCAUACAGACAAGAUGAGUAGCUUUGGACAAAAACUUCUGAGAAGGAAGUUUGUUGAUUUGUCGUCGGUAACAAACACCCAGCUCGCUCGCUGUCUCACAACACUCGAUUUAACAGCUUUAGGUAUCGGCAGUACAUUAGGGGCUGGUAUCUAUGUGGUUGCCGGGCAGGUUGCUAAGGAGAAGGCUGGACCUGCUGUGACCAUUUCCUUCUUGAUCGCAGCUUUGGCAUCUGUUCUAGCAGGUCUGUGCUAUGCAGAGUUUGGUGCACGUGUACCUAAAACUGGUUCUGCCUAUGUGUACAGUUAUGUAACUGUUGGAGAAUUUGUAGCUUUCAUCAUCGGCUGGAACCUCAUUCUGGAGUAUGUUAUUGGUACAGCUAGUGUGGCUCGGGCGUGGAGUUCCUACUUUGACUCGCUUGUCGACAAAGUUAUCCAGAAUUUUUUUAAGGACAACAUGCCUAUGGAUAUUCCGGGCUUCUCUUCCUAUCCGGAUUUCUUCGCUCUUGGUAUCACACUACUAUUAGCUGUGAUUUUAGCCGUAGGUGUCAAAGAGUCCUCAACAUUUAACAACAUUUUCACGGGAGUGAAUUUGUUGGUGGUGACUUACGUGAUCAUCUGUGGAUUUUUCAAAGUGGAUAUUCACAACUGGCAGUUAAAGCCUUCAGAGCUACCAGGUAAUGGUACAGACAGUGGAAGCGGAGGUUUCAUGCCAUUUGGGUUUUCUGGAAUGAUGUCUGGAGCGGCCACCUGUUUUUAUGCCUUCGUAGGGUUCGACUGUAUUGCUACAACAGGUGAGGAAGUUAAGAACCCCCAGAAAGCCAUUCCUAUCAGUAUAGUUAUAUCACUGAUAGCCAUCUUUGUGGCAUACUUCGGGAUCUCGGCUGUGAUGACACUUAUGUGUCCAUACUAUCUGCUGGACGAAGACGCACCACUCCCAGACGUAUUUGAUCGUGUCGGUUGGGGCGUGGCUAGAUACAUCAUUGCCGUCGGUGCAAUCUGUGGCCUUUCUACAAGUUUGCUUGGGGCCAUGUUUCCUCUGCCAAGGGUUAUUUACGCCAUGGCUAGUGAUGGGAUUGUUUUCCGCUCCCUAGCAACCAUUAAUGAACGCUUCAAGACACCACUGAUAGCCACCAUAAUAUCAGGAAUAUUUGCAGGUGUGAUGGCGAUGAUGUUUGACCUGUCAGAGCUCGUCGAUAUGAUGUCAAUUGGAACCCUCCUAGCCUAUACCCUAGUAGGGGUCUGUGUGUUGCUACUCAGAUACAGAGUAACAGUUAUGAAGACUACCUCAGAUGCAGAUGAUUCUAGCAUAAACCACAGUAGUAGUGAUGAUUGUGAUGUGAUUUCACCAAAACGUAGCCCCAUACACGAGUCCGACCCGUUAGUGGGCGAUACGUCUUACAAAGUCUGGUUAAAAGCAAUGAUUAGGUGUGAGGAGUCACAACCCACAGCUCUCACAGAAAAAUUGGCACAGUUCAAUGUUAUUUUAAUAUGUAUGAUUAUAAUAGUCCUCAGUUUUGUGCUGAUCUUCGCCGAGGAAAACCUUGCCAAUACAGAGGGAUGGGCAAUAACCAUUGUAGCAGUUCUAGUCUUGUCCAUCAUUUUUCUUCUAUACUCAAUCCGUAUUCAGCCGGAAAAUACUCAAAAAGUCAGCUUUAAGGUGCCCUUGUUGCCAGUAUUACCAGUCUUAAGUGUGUUUGUCAAUAUUUAUCUGAUGCUGAAGCUGUCUAGUGCUACCUGGAUUCGAUUCGGAGUCUGGAUGUUUUUAGGCUUCCUCAUUUACUUUUCCUAUGGGAUAUGGCACAGCACAGGAUCCGAGCCGAACCUUGAGGAAUACGUCCUCCUCGCAGAUACACCCACACCUUCUUCCCCAUCCUCAGAUCUUCUCUCCGGAAGUGACGACAGUCUCUUUGAUGGCGAGACUGUGCGGAGAUCACGUGAUAAGGAUGUAGAAAAAACAGCAUCUUUACCUGAUACAAAGAAAUAACUAGAAAAACAUUACACUCUUUAUGUACAAUUUUACAAAUGGUUUCAAAGUGCAGCUGAUUCUUUGAAAAGCGCUAUGCAGUGAUAGCGCUUACAAAUGCUUACUUACGCGUUGUGUUGGUUGAACCACAGGAGUUUGACGUUCUAGCAAAAAGGAAUAUAUAAAACUCUAUAUAAAACACCAUGUAUAGUAUAAAAAACAUCGUCAGGAGCGAAGUGAAUCGCUGACCAAACAUUUCACCGUCUUGAUGACAAUUCUGUAAACUCUGUUACGUCUUUAUGAUAUUUUGUAAACAAGUAAACAAUAAUAACCUAUUGUAUUUUUAAAAGUGUACUUGUUUUUUUAAUUGAUUAUUAUAUAUUCCUAUUUAUCGAACGUCAAACUCCUGUUGUUGAGAGAUUGAAAUUUACGGCGAUUUUGAAAGUGCUGCGUGAAUCGUGAAUCUGGUGUCAUCCUUGUGUACAUUAGAUUAAAAGACUAAUUUGAGUUAUGGUGCUAUAUACAUUUGUAUGUCAUAUCAUAGGGCGACGUAUAAUUGUAAUAUUGUAACAUGACCAAUGAAUCGCCUCACACGAUUCUCGCCAAAGUGAAAAGCUUACCCUCUGUGUCUAAAUUUGCCUAAUGACGAACCCUCUGCGUCUAAAUUUGCCUAAUGGCGAACCCUCUGAUUAUAAAUUUGCCUAGUGUCGAUAGAGAAUAAAUUUUAUUUAUUUAUUCAUGAAUAUGAGUUGGAUGAUAAAUAGACUCUUGCAUUAGUGUCAGCGUAUUAUUAGAUUAAUUGAACGAAUUUAAUCAUUCGAUAUCAAUCUAACUGAGACCCUUAUGAACUUCAAAUUGUUUUCACUCUGCCGUCAGUUUGGUAUAUAUGAUUUAAUAUCCAAGAUAUAAAUACACAAAUUUAUUUAGGACUUCCUGUCCUUGUGAGAAACAAAUACUGCUGAUAUCCAUUGCCUUAUCUUGUCAUAAUUAACACAUUAUUUGCUUCAUUUAGAAAAAAAGGGGUUUUGUCACAGUUAUAAAUUCGUGUUCGACUGUAAAAGCAUAAUUAAUACAGUAUAUGAAAAUUCUAUCUACUGCCGUUAAGAAAGUCUUUUCAUUUGAUUUUUUAUUAAUAUGACCUUUUUGACGACUAAGAUUAUUGUUUAGGAUUGCUUGGAUUAUGCAUAAUGCAGAGACCGAGAAUAUACAUUUUUGUGCUUGACCACUGCCAUAUAACAUAAAAGCAAUCAGCCUGGGUCUGACCUAGAAAGUGACUCUUUAUUGGACAGAUAAUCAUUAUUUUAUCUGUGUAAUAAAAUCAAAUUUAAAGGUUAGUCCUACAUGAGUGUUUCACGAUUCUAACGAUAUCCUGAUUUACAGAUGACACAUGAUCUUACUACAGAGUAGGCGACCGCGUGUACUAGUUUGUUCCCUUUGUAUGUGGACUAUUGAUGUUUCGUUCUAAAAAAAUUAACACUCUAAAACAAAUAGUCGCAAUAUACUGUAAACCAACUAAUUUUUUUGCGUGCGAUUGAUUUUCGCGUAUUUCUUGGGCGAUUAGAAUUUGCGAAUCUCGAUUGCCGCGAAAUAAUUUCAAUCACAGGUAUUGGCCUUUUAUUACUGUUAAUUGCGAAGAAAAAUCGAUGUGAAAAAGAAUUUAGGCAUGAAACUCGAAAUUAAGUCGCCGCGAAAAUUGAUUGAUUAAAAGGGCCUUAAGAAGUAUUACCUCUAUGUAAAAUUUAAUAUACAAAUACUGUACGCAGUGGUCACUAUCUAAUAGUAAGUGAGGGCAUUCGUGCAUUAAAUGUUUUUGUAUUCUCCGAAGAAUGUUAUACAUUCGCAUAUUUCAGCUUUUAGUCAAAAGGUUAAGUUACCAUUGAGAUUUUAAGUGCAAAUUAUCAUGUCUUCAUAAGCGCUGAUUGGGUGUUGGAUUAUUGACAUUUCAUUUUAUUUUUGAAUAUAUCAAAAUAAUUUGUGAUAUCAAAAUCAAGCGAUUAAUUCGUGUCAGAUCUGAUUUUCAUUGAUUGAUGGAAGAAUAAUAAUUUGAUAAUUUUAUCUUUUAUGAUAUUGCCAUAAAUAUUUCCAUUAUGGAGAAAUUAGUCUCAGAAUUUGUAUACGAUAGUGAUGUGUUCGCAACACAAACAUAUCCAUCAAUGACACAAAAAGAAUCAUUUAAGUGGAGUUUACUUAUCUUGCAUAUGUGUUCAUAACCUUAUUUUAACCAUAAUUUCGUAAAUCAUUUGAAGAUUUAUGACUUUACAUACUUUUGAAGAUGAAAGAUUUUAUAAACUGUUUUAUGAUCUUACAUUGAUUCAGACCAUAUUGUACUUUAUGAUUCUUUUAUUAGUGCUAUUUUUUUUUAUAAAAUUGUUU